AUGGAAGUGAAAGAGACAGAGACCGUUCAAUUGUCAGUGACAGUUACAGGAACCCCUCAACCUCAAGUAUCAUGGUUCAAGGAUGACAGGCCAGUGGAGAUUGACACUGUGCGCACCAUCGCAAAAGAUGAAGGCAGUGGUCAUUUCACAUUAACAAUCAAAGAUAGCAAAGUGACAGACAUUGGCAAAUACUCUUGCAAGGCUGUCAAUGAGGCAGGAGAAGCUAGGACUGAGGCUACAGUCCAUAUUGCUAAGGAAACCGCUGCUCCGCAGUUUACGGAAUUCCUCAGACCAAUGGAAGUGAAAGAGACAGAGACCGUUCAAUUGUCAGUGACAGUGACAGGAACUCCACAACCUCAAGUGUCGUGACCGAUGGAAGUGAAAGAGACAGAGACCGUUCAAUUGUCAGUGACAGUGACAGGAACCCCUCAACCUCAAGUGUCAUGGUUCAAGGAUGACAGGCCAGUGGAGAUUGACACUGUGCGCACUAUCGCGAAGGAUGAGGGCAGUGGACACUUCACAUUGACAAUCAAAGAUAGCAAAGUGACAGACAUUGGCAAAUACUCUUGCAAAGCUGUCAACGAGGUAGGAGAAGCACGCACUGAGGCUACUAUACAUGUUGCUAAAGAGACUGCUGCUCCACAAUUUACGGAAUUCCUGCGUCCAAUGCAGGUUAAGGAGACGGAAACCGUCCAAUUGUCAGUGACAGUGACAGGAAUCCCUCAACCUCAGGUGUCAUGGUUCAAGGAUGACAGACCACUGGAGAUUGAUACUGUACGCACUAUCAUAAAGGAUGAGGGCAGUGGACAUUUCACAUUGACAAUUAAAGAUAGCAAAGUGACAGACAUUGGCAAAUACUCAUGCAAGGCUGUCAACGAGGUAGGAGAAGCUCGCACAGAGGCUACUAUCCAUGUUGCCAAAGAAACAGCUGCACCGCAAUUUACGGAGUUCCUCAAACCGAUGGAAGUAAAAGAAACAGAGACAGUGCAGUUGUCAGUCACAGUGACAGGAACCCCUCAACCCCAAGUGUCAUGGUUU